GUUAAUCUGUGGUCGUUAUUAUAGUGAUGGCGAAGCUUGGGGGGCUAUGCUAAUUUUUUGUGAAACGUUCGUAACAGUGUUUGUUUUGUUUUCAUAGAAAUGUUUCCCUGCUAUAUUUUUACUAUGUGUUAUAAUGGUGCUAUUUACCAUGCAUUAUCAUAUAUUUUUUGAAGGAUUUUUAUACAUCAUAGUUUUAAACAAUGACAGUAAUUUAAAGAUGCUUAUAAAAAAGUCAAGCUUACUAGAAACUAAUUUGUAAAUUUCUCAACACUAAGUACAACUAAUAAAUUAAACGAGUAAUUUGUUUUAUUACCAAUAUGAACGAUGUUCGCGAAAAAGUCGUUCCUGGAUCUUCUACAUGGGAGAGUGGGGCCUCUCCAACUGAUAGCUGUGCAGAGAACCAAACAGCAUUGGGACCUGGUGGUGAGACACCCCAGACUCCUGGAGCUCCGGCACCACUUGCGCCCCAUCUAGCUGCUGACCUACAUCCAGAUCUUAUUCAACAAGGUUGGCGUAAAUACUGGUCGAAAAGAGAAAACAGGCCAUAUUUUUGGAACAAAUUAUCGGGUGAAUCUAUGUGGGAGCUUCCGGCUGUAAAGAGAGAUUUUGAUCCAAUAACAGAUCCUUUAGGUAUUUGUCACACAGGACCUUCUAAUCCUGGAAAUAUGACACCAGGACCAAAUAAACGGAGACCGUCAGAAGAUAGUGGUCCUCCUCCAAAGAAAUUUGUACUAGCUGGACCUUGGGAUAUAGAAGUACCUACAAAUGUAGUUAUAUAUGAAAGACCACCAACCAUAUGUCCUCAUCCUAAUCCAGAUAUAGAAGGGUUUAGAUUCACUCUUGCUAAUAAAUUAAGACAAUGCUAUCAAGAAUUAUGUCACACAAGAGAGGGUAUAGAUGCCCCUAAAGAUUCAUUUAACAGAUGGUUAAUGGAAAGAAAAGUAAAUGACCAGGGAGGGUCAGAUCCACUGUUACCAAGUCAUUGCUUUCCAGAGAUUUCUUAUACUAUGUAUGAGGAAAUCAUGAAUGACAUUCCUAUUAAGUUGACUAAUCCUAAAUUCACUGGAGAUGCCAGAAAACAAUUGUCAAAAUAUGCUGAAGCUGCUAAAAAAAUGAUAGAAUCAAGAAAUGCAUCACCAGAAAGUCGCAAAGUUGUCAAAUGGAAUGCAGAAGACACAUUUCAGUGGCUACGACGAACUGUUGGAGCAACUUACGAUGAUUUUCAAGACAGACUAGCACAUCUUAGGAGACAAUGUCAGCCACAUUUAGCAGAGACUGUAAAAGCAUCUGUGGAAGGAAUAUGUUUGAAGAUUUAUCAUCUAUCAGCUGAAUAUGCAAGAAAAAUACGAGAAAAACACAGUGCACUACUAAAAGAAAAUGGCAUACAGGAGUUACCAGCACCAUUGCAACAGGCAGCACUUCGCAAGGUGUGGUGCUAUCCAGUACAGUUUGCUCUGCCUGCACCUCGCGCACCUCUGUUAGAACAUUUUGUUGAUCGUGACACAACUGUUCUGCGUUAUCUCGGGGAGACUCAAAUUCUAAACUCAGCAUACCUUCAAAAAUUGGAAUGUCUUUACCGGUACAGCUGUUUCGACGACAAGAAAUUCGAACAGUUUUUGAGUCGCGUGUGGUGCCUGCUGAGACGGUACGCGGCGUGGGUGGGGGCCGGCUCUGAGGCGCACAUCACGCAGAUGGCGCUGCCUGUCUCCGUCCUCGAGUGCCUGCACAGGACGUUUGGUGUCACAUUCGAAUGUUUCGCGAGUCCGCUCGACUGCUACUUCAGACAGUAUUGCUCUGCUUUCGCCGACACUGACUCAUAUUUCGGAUCUCGCGGGCCUUUUUUGGAACUCCGUCCGGUGUCCGGGUCUAUGGUGGCGCACCCGCCGUACUGCGAGGAGCUGUUGGAGGCGGCGCUGCGGCACAUGGAACGCUUGCUGCAGGACUCGGCCGAGCCGCUGAGCUUCGUCGUGGUGCUGCCGGAGUGGCCCGAUCGACCUACACACGCUCUGCACAAAUUACAAGCUAGCCAUUUUAAGAGGAAACAGGUGGUGAUACCGGCAUUCGAACACGAAUAUCGCCAUGGAUUCCAGCAUGUACUUCCAAAUAGAUCGUUUGGUGUCAGGAACGAGGUGUACUUCAGAUGGGGCGGCGGCACGGUGGUAGUGUGGCUGCAGAACGCGGCGGGGUUCGCCCGGUGGGGGCCCACGGACGAGCGCGUGGAGUCGUUGUUGGACGCGUGGCGGCCGCGACACAAGCUGCGGGACGCGCCGCUGCCCGCCCCCGACCCCGCGCCCGCCCCGCACUCGCCCGCGCCCCCGCCGCGGACCUAAUCCGCGCUCCGCAUUCCGCUCCUGUCCAAUUGCUCGGCCGAGCGUUCGCUGCGCGCGCACGCUUCGAUCCACAGAAAUGAAAACAAAAACUUAUCAAACGAUUACCUCGCUCUAUGGGUAUGUACUACUUUCGAUAAGUAAUUUGAUAACAUUUUUGCAAGAGUGAUGUGUGCGCGCGCAGCGAACGCUCGGAUGACCACCUGGAUAUAUUUAGCAGAAUCACAUGGCUCAUUCAUUCUUUACGUAUCGUUUUUUUUUCUUUUUUCGGUUCGUUUUGAGAUCCCUGUUGUAUAGAUGAUAAAGAUUUAUUAUGUUUUGAUUGUUUAUUAUAUUUUGUAAAAAUCUACUUUUACUUUUUACAUAAAGCUUGUGUUUUAUUGAUCGAAAUCCGAAAGGAUCUAGAUCACCCAAACGAAUCUUGCUAUGAAACUUCCUCCCCGACUUUCUCCUGAUCUGUUUGUUUUUAUUAGUUAUAAUUUUGUACGAUUUUGUUUAAAAUCAAUUUAGUAAAUUUAUAGAACCAAUUAUUACUAAAUUUUAUAGGAUUAUAGGAAUUAUAUUUGGUAGGAAUAAAAAUAUGAAAAAAUAAAUGUUAGGUUAAGAAAAAUCAGAAACUAGUAAAAAAGUAAAAACGUUGUUUAAGAAUAUGUAAACAAAGACGAGUAGUCUAAUUUUUUUUUAAGAUUAUUGUCUGGUAUACUGUACAUAGAUCUGGUUAAAUUGAUGCAAUGCCACUAAAACUAGAUUAAUGGAUCACAUCUUUAAUAAAUAAAUAAAAAAAUUACGGAACGACACUAACAAUGGUUAACAUUAUUUGUUGAUUAACAUCAGUAAACUCCUGUUUCUUAUAAAAUUAUAUGCAAAAUAUUUUACUAAAGAACCUGUGCCAUUAUAACAUCUAUCGACGUCCAACAUAGUCGAGGUCAACUACACCAGUUGAGCGGCCAUUUGUCUUUUUUGAUAGGUUUCCAAAAUGUAUUUGUGAAGUUGUCUGCGUUGAUAAGUGAUCAACUAUCUAGUGUAGAAUCAUAAAGUAUUCCGAAAAUAUUUUAACUAUACAUUCUUAAACUCCCGUUUAAGCUACGUUUAAAUUACUGUUUAAGAAUGCAUAAACGGAGAAAAUAAAA